AGACAAUGAGAGACAGAGAGCAUGAGAGGGAGGAGGGUCAGAGGGAGAAGCAGACUCCCUGCUGAGCAGGGAGCCUGAUGUGGGACUCGAUUCCAGGACUCCAGGACCAUGACCUGAGCCGAAGGCAGUCGCUUAACCAACUGAGCCACCCAGGCGCCCCCAUCCCUGAUUUCUGCCCCUCAAGUAGCCCUAUCCUGACUCUCACUUCCCUUAUUCAUCACAGUCCCAAACUAGAGUGCUUAUUUGUGCACUUAAUGCCCGUCAAAGGAGCUGGUUGGUGCUUGUCUCAGGAGGUGAGAGGGGUGGGGUGCCUCAACCCUUGCCUGGCUCUCUGGCGUCAUGGAUACCGGUUCUGGGGCAUUCUGUCCCACACUGGCUCAUGAUCUCUCCUCGCCAGGAAUCUAGCCCCCUUGCAAGAGCAUCCUCUCGGGGGGCUGCUCAGGGUCAGGCUGACAAGCUUCCCCACCCGGGAAGUGCUUGUGCAUGCACGCGCGCGCACACACACACACAUACACGCAUGCAUCUGCGUGCUCCACGGGCGCACACAGGAAUGCACGCGGCCUCCGCCCGCACCCAAGCGCACGCGUCUCCAGCUGGUCCCUCCGCACCCCUGGCUGGCACCCCCGCCCCGGGCCCAGGGGGCCUUCUCAGCCGUGCCGCGUUCCCUCCUGCUGCAGCUCAGAGACCCGAUGUGGGCGGCGAGGCCACGGGCACCCCCAUCAACCACUCCCAGACGCUGCUCCAGCGCUUGCAGGAGCUGCUAAGGCAGGGCAACGCCAGCGACGUGGUUCUGCGGGUGCAGGCGGCGGGUACCGACGAGGUCCGCGUCUUCCACACACACCGCCUGCUGCUCGGCCUGCACAGCGAGCUGUUUCGGGAGCUGCUGAGGAACCAGAGCGAGGUGGCGCUUCAGGAGCCCCGGGAUUGUGCUGCCGUCUUCGACAAGUUCAUCAGGUACCUCUACUGCGGGGAGCUGACCGUGCUGCUGGCCCAGGCCAUCCCCCUGCACAGGCUGGCCACCAAGUACGGCGUGGCCUCCCUGCAGCGCGGCGUGGCCGACUACAUGCGCGCGCACCUGGCGGGCGGCGCGGGCCCGGCGGUGGGCUGGUACCACUACGCGGUGAGCACCGGGGACGAGGCCCUGCGCCAGAGCUGCUUGCAGUUCCUGGCCUGGAACCUGUCGGCCGUGGCGGCGAGCGCCGAGUGGGGCGCCGUGAGCCCCGAGCUGCUGGCGCAGCUCCUGCCGCGCUCGGACCUGGUGCUGCAGGACGAGCUGGAGCUGUUCCACGCGCUCGAGGCGUGGCUGGGCCGCACCCGGCCGCCCCCCGCCGUGGCCGAGCGCGCGCUGCGGGCCAUCCGCUACCCCAUGAUCCCGCCGGCGCAGCUGUUCCAGCUGCAGGCGCGCUCGGCGGCCCUGGCGCGCCACGGCGAGGCGGUGGCCGACCUGCUGCUGCAGGCCUACCAGUUCCACGCCGCCUCGCCGCUGCACUUCGCCAAGUUCUUCGACGUCAACGGCAGCGCCUUCCUGCCCCGCAACUACCUCGCGCCCGCCUGGGGCGCCCCGUGGGUCAUCAACAACCCGGCCCGCGACGACCGCAGCACCAGCUUCCAGACGCAGCUGGGCCCGAGCGGCCACGACGCGGGCCGCCGGGUCACGUGGAACGUGCUCUUCUCGCCGCGCUGGCUGCCCGUCAGCCUGCGGCCCGUCUACGCGGACACCGCGGGCCCCGCGCUGCCCGCCGCGCGCCCGGAGGACGGCCGGCCGCGCCUGGUGGUCACGCCGGCCAGCAGCGGCGGCGACGCGGCGGGCGUGAGCUUCCAGAAGACCGUGCUGGUCGGGGCGCGCCAGCAUGGCCGCCUGCUGGUCCGCCACGCCUACAGCUUCCACCAGAGCAGCGAGGAGGCGGGCGACUUCCUGGCGCACGCCGACCUGCAGCGGCGCAACUCCGAGUACCUGGUGGAGAACGCCCUGCACCUGCACCUCAUCGUCAAGCCCGUCUACCACACCCUCAUCCGGACCCCCAAGUAGCCCAGCGGGGCCGGGGCGGGGACGCCUCCGGAGUGGGAAACAGACGCCUGGCAUGGGUGGCCCCCCGGGGUCGGGGGGGGGGUGCUGGCGAAUGGAGGUGCCUACACUGGCCCCCUGGGUGGCCAGGUGCCAGCGGCCUUGGAGCUGGGGUGGAGGCCAGGUGAGGGGUGGUAGAGCAGGUGCCUGGUUUCAGGAGCUGAUUUCGCCGCUGCCUUGAAGGCCGCGCUCUUGGUUGAAUAAACCGAUGCUCAGAGAGCUGAGGGGAUGAUUGAACCACCCAGCUCCCAGGUAGAAACAGCCCCAGGAGGGUCCCAAAGGUGUGGGGGUCCUUUAUCUUUCGUUAGCUUUUCCCGAGGGUUCCCCACCCCCACAUGGAACG